AUGGCUGCCGGUCAGGGGUCGCACUCGCUAAAGCCCCUUUUUCAAAUCCAGGAAACAGGACAACCAGCUCCUCUACAACAGCCCAACAACAAACCCACAAGUCCCAAGACAGCCAAAGCAACACCAUUAACAUCCAUCAACUUCUUCGCUCCUCCUACAGGAACAACAGUCGAUGUCAGCCCUGUGGAACUGGUCUUAGUCGAUGUACUGGCUUGGCUCGGCCCUCCCACGACGCUGGUUGUAACCUUCACUGCCACAGAGGAAGAGGCAGAACUUUUAGGUGAAGAGGUGGGUGUAUGGUUAGGUGUUGAGGCUGCUGCUAUAGAGGACGUGCUGACUGCUGCGGGUGAGGAUGUAGUUGAAGGUGGGGAAGUAGGGGCGGAGGUAUCGGACGCAGAACAGCCGAAACCUGUGCCGCAGCAGGAAGGAGGAAUGCCCUAUUAUUUACGAUGAAUGUGAGCUGAGGUUCCAGUCAGGAAGCAAGCAAGGAGUGGGCAAUUUGUGACAAUGGGUUAAGGAAAUGGAGAGGGGUGG